UCGAUGCAACGCAAGUACAACCAGUUCGCAAAUAUUACUAUUACUAUUAUUAUUAUUAUUUUCGGUCAGCUCUUCGCACGCGCGCGCGAGUGUGUGCGUGUUGUUUGUGUGCAGUGCGCGCGCGGUCGCGUGUGUGUCUAUAUAUUGUCUGCGCCCAUUAAUAGUCAUAGAUAGUAAUAAUAGGUACGUCGCCGUUGAUAAUAUUAUCUCAAAUUUUAUCGAACGAUAUUCAAUUUUAUUUUACCUAACCUAACCGUAGUCGUCGUUGCAAGUGCCCACAGUGCGUCUCCCGGUAAGGUGUCCCGUUUAUUUUGGCAUACUGCUCGCCGCACCGUCCGCGUUCCUACGGCCCGGCGAUUUUUCAAUUUAUUUUCUUAUUUUUUGAUAAUUCAAUUUUCUAACCACCGGCCGAUUAUCGAAAACCGCGGCGGCGGUGUCGGCGGUUGCGUUGGCCUACGAUUUUUGGCAGCCCAUGGUGACGACCGUCGUACGACCGACCGACCGACGCGUGUCGUAAAGCGCACCUCCGACCGACCGACCGACCGAUCACCAUCACGACGGCGGCAGUCGCGUGUCCCCGUGCCAUGACCUGCCAGUUCCCGGUCCGGCCUCAUCCACUACCGUUGCAGGGCGGGACAGUGUCGACCGAAGCCCACCGCGUGAUGGGCGACCUGCAGCAUUUCUGUCUGCGCUGGAACAACUACCAGAACAGCAUCACCACAGCGUUCGAGAAUCUGAGGGACGACGAGGACUUCAUCGACGUGACGCUGGCAUGCGACGGCAAGAGUCUGAAAGCCCACCGGGUUGUUCUGUCCGCGUGCAGCCCAUAUUUUCGGGAACUGUUGAAAAGUACGCCGUGCAAACACCCCGUGAUCGUGUUGCAAGACGUCGUUUUCGAUGACUUGCAAGCGCUGGUUGAGUUCAUCUACCACGGCGAGGUAAACGUCCACCAGAGGAACCUGAGCUCGUUCCUGAAGACUGCCGAAGUUCUCAGGGUCAGCGGUCUCACGCAACCGUCCGAUUCCACUACCGCCAACGACCAUUCCGCGAGGCAGUCUUCCGAGACACCACCCGCGGAAAACUCGUUCCUCCAGUCGUUCGCUGCACAAGCAUCCGAAGACAGAGUGUCUCCACAGGUCAGACAGAGGAAAGGUUUUCCUCAACAAUCGCCGUCGUCCAUACCUUCACCUCGGUCAAAGGAAAACUCUCCAAUACCGUUAAAACGCAACAACAAGACUUCGUCGAACCCGGCCUCGGGCGGCGGUGGCGGCGGCGCCAUGCCAACCGGCGGCGGAGGCAUGGACCUGUCCGAGAGGACGUCUCAACACAGUCCCAGCUCGGCGGGCAGCCGGCCCAACUGCAUCGACGACGACGACGCGGGCGAACGUUCGGACGGUGGCAUCGGCGGAGUGGCCGGGAGUAACGGCCACAGCAACGGACAUCAACCGCACCACCUCCAGCACCAGCAGCAGCAACAGCUCCACGACGAACCACCGAUGGACUAUUCGCGGACGCACCAACACCACCAACAGCAGCAACAGACACAGCCCCCAGCCAACGCCCUGCAACAACUGCAAGACACGGCGCAGAACCUGAUGAUGUCUCGCCGGUCACCCGCCGAGGUCAAGACCGAGCCGAUGGACACCGCGUCCGCGGCUGCCGUCAACAGCGGCAGCGCGUAUGCGGACGAUAGCAACGACUCGGCGGCUGACUUUACGGGCGUCCAUCCGGCCAUCGGCAUGUCCGAACCCGACGACACGUCCUACCAGAGCCACCACUCGUACCUGGAUAGCAAGUUCUUCGCGGCCGCUGGCGCCUCGUUCAACUUCAGCAUGGCCGCCGCCAUGGCCGCGGACUCGUUAGCGGGUCUCAACAAUCACAACCAUACCAACGUGAUGGAGGCUCUAGGAGGCUCCAGCUCUCAAGACUGGUCAGAGGCUGGUGGCGGAGGAGUUGGCGGCGGGGGCGCGGAGACGCUGUCCUGUUUCGUAUGCGGCAAGCGCCUGAGCACCAGGUUGACGUUGAAGCGGCACAUCGAACAACAGCACAACCAGCCUCUGCACUCGGCCGUCUGCAACGUGUGCAACAAAGUGUUCCGCACGCUCAACAGUCUCAACAACCACAAGAGCAUUUACCACCGGAAACCCAAAGCGUACAAGUCGGCGGGCGGGGGCGGUAAUGCGGGGGCGGGGGCGGCGUCGGUGGCGGCGGCGGUAGCGGCUUUGACGGCGGCCACGACCGCCCCGACGACGACUACUACUUCCGCGGCGGCGGUCACGUCGUCGUCCGCGUCGCCGGACGGUAACGGCGGCGUGUCCGGAUGUGCCAACGCCGCCGCCGCCGAUGCCGCCGCCGCCGCCUCGUCCGUGAAAAACUUACCGCCACUGACCAUGUGGUACAACAACAACAUAAACAACAACAACAACAACAACAGUAACUGACACAAGCUGCAGCGGAGCGCCUGAACGGGCUCCGACGUCGUCUUCGUCGUCCGAACGACGCGUCGGCCG